UCUCCCCACAACCUUGCUCAGAAUUCACCCUAGCUAUUACCAAACUAGACACUUAGAUCACCUCAUUAAGCAAGAGGUUGUGGUGAAGGUAUAAUAACCAUGGGGAAUUGUUUGGUUAUGCAGGAAAGGGUUAUAAAAGUCAUGAAGACAGAUGGGAAAGUCCUUGAAUACAAAUCCCCUAUCAAGGUUCACCAAGUGUUGUCAGAUUUUGCUGGCCAUGCAAUAUCUGACACGCUUUAUGUCGUCCGGCAUCUCAGGCCGGACUCCGCUAUGAUUGGUGGUCGCUUGUACUACCUCCUCCCUCUUCCAGUGGUACCACCGGAAGUCAAGAAGAAGAAAAGGGUCAAAUUUGCAAAUCCAGAGGUAGAAGAAGCAAGUGAAGGAAGUGGAGUUGUGAGGAUAAAGCUGGUUAUCAGUAGGCAAGAGCUUGAAAUGAUGUUGAGUAAAGGAGGAAUUUCAGUUGAAGACAUGGUUUCUCAGCUUCAGAAGAAACAAAGCACAGAUGAUCAGAAUGACAAGUUCGAAAAUAACCAAGACGGCGACGGAAGCACGAAAGGAUGGAAGCCUGUUUUGGAAAGCAUACCUGAAUUAAUCUAGCUAGUUUAUAUGUAUUUGGUAUAUUUUUCACUUCUAGAGUUUGAAUUUACAGAACCUCACAAUAUAUCACUCGAUCUCAGGCCACGUUUCCACUAAACUACAAGUCGUAGACUACUACCUGUAGUUUAGCGGAAACGAAGCCUCAUGAGUCUUUGCUCCCACCCUGGUACAUCUACAACCAGAGGCAAAGGCUCAUUAUGUAUGCAAAACCAUGCCCUGUUGCUGAGAAGUUAUUUAACUAGAAAUCGCCCUUGCGACAUGCUAAUCUUCACUUGUCCUCGAAUCUUUCGAAUGAAAACAUACUUUGCAAGUCA